AUGCCAACGACCAAACGAUGCGGAGAAUCUCGUCCAACACGUAUCAGAUUGAAAACGAAGUUAGGCGCGUCUAUCGACACGACUCAAUCAGUCUGGACUGCUUACCACAGGAGAUUGGUAGCCUAUGUCGAAGGUCACGGAGUGAAUGGACAGCAAUCCAAGACCAAUGGGGUAGCGUCGACCACACGUACUGGUCUCACCAUACUACGGUGUAUGCUUCGUCCUGUUGACAACUGGCACAUCAUGCAAUUGGAAUCUUCAAAUGAUCAUAAACUGGUGAGCACAACCUGCAACACUAUCAGAACUGUCAUCACCUAUCUGAAAAAGACCUAUCUGGAAAAGGCCCCUGAGGAUAAGAUGGAUUUUAAGCGACGCAGACUGCUGGCAAAUGCUCUGACAGACCCAAAACUCACGCAACAUGGGCCAAUUUAUCUUUCUAUGAAAGCUUGGCAAGCUUGGCCACAGCUCUACCGAAGCUCUUUUAGAUCAUAUGAACUGGCUCUUGGCUCGGGCAAGGCUCCUCACUGA